AACUAAGGACCGUCCUGCUCUGUUCUGCCGCUGCUGGAAUUCCCUGUCACACACGUGUAGCCGACUCUACGCGAAGGCCCGCGGGCGACGUGCCGACCGCUGCAACGGUUUUGUUACCUCUGCUGGAUGCUACGCCAAGGAUCAAGCAACGUCGGGGCUACCAAGAUCUAGAUAGGUCCCAAAGAAGAGCUGAGCGGGUCAGCGGGCACCCGCCUCGAUUCGUGCUGCGGGCGGUCAGGACAGGCCGGCGCGAAAUGCAAUAUGGGAAUAUGGGGGAUAGCGAUUUAGGCAUACGCCGGUUUUGACCCGUCUUACUAUGUCAUACCCUGUUGAUAACGGCAUCAAUUCGGGGCCUAUUAAUAAUCACACCCAACAUCCCUACCCUUACCCUUACCCUCAAUCUCAACAACGGCAUCAGCUCCCUCAACAUGGCCAACCCCUUCCGCAGCAGCAGCAGCAGCAACAGGCGACUCCAAGCUUUGGCCUGGUCUCACCUUUCCACAACGACAACAGCGGCGGCAACGAUAACAAUAACACCUACACACAGAACCCUCAAUCUACAUUUCCGCUCAACCCCGCGUAUAAUAGAUCCAGUUUCGGCCUCGGUUCUUCGGCUUAUGGUGCUGUCCCGCCCGGCGCCUUAGCCCCCCAGGAACAAGAUACUAGCCUAACAAAUACUGCAGUACCUCCUCCGAAACCACUCUCGUGGGAUUCUCAGUCUGGGACGUCGUCUCAUCAGCACGCCGGGCUAAGUAUUGGUACUUCGUCAUACCAACCUGACAUGCGGUACAUCAAAGGGCCAUUGGACGUGCUCAAUGCCGAGCAGUAUAAUGAUGGCCGGUUCACGGGCACGCGGGGGUUGUAUAAACCAGAGGCUCACGCACUCCCCACGGCAGCUGCCGCAUCUAACCCGAAAAAGCGUGGGAGAAAGGUGUCACAGAAUGAUCGUGUUGAGCCUGUAGAAGAAAUCAAGAGGGCUAGAGGUCGCCCUCGCUUAGAGGCAGGCGAUCAUCAGGAUAUGAAGGAACGGAGAAAAGAGCAAAUUCGUAUGGCGCAGAGGGCGUACCGUUACCGCAAGGAGACUACCAUCAACCACCUCGCAGCAAAGGUGGCGGGUCUCGAGGCGGGCAACCAUGAGGUCAAUGCCGAUUUUCAAAAGCUCAUGGAGUACGUAAAUAAGCAUGAUAUAGCUACUCAGAAUCCUGAGCUUGGACGACGUUUGCAGCAAUUCCAGUCUACACUGACCCAGCGCUGCCCUGAGACAGCUAGUCCCGGAGACGAUGACACAGCUUCUGACGCAAAGCCGCGAGAAGACAGCGCGCUUCCAGAUCAAUCACAGAUGAAGAGCCAGACUCCGAGCAGCCGGCUCGAGUCACAGUCCAGUGCCUCGUUACCUACGACGCAACCACAACCGCUUCUAGGCGGAAUCAUUGUGACACACGAACCGGAGGCACAACCCGUUAUCCUAGACUCAGCACACCCCUCAGACGCCUCCAUCGAGGACGGGACACUAACAUUCGUGCGCAUGGCCAACAUAGACAACGCCAGUUUCGGAUAUCCCCUGAACUUCCUCGACAGCUCGAUGCAAACCCCGUGGUCGCUGCCCUGGGAGCCCCUAUCCAUCCUCGACUCAGGGGCCUACCUAGAACGGACCUUCGGGCGGCGUCUGCACCGGCGCACGACCGAGCGCGCAGCCAAGCUCCUCUCCAUACCAGACUUACCCGUCGAGGCAAUCCUCCGCGUCUUCGGCUUCGUGAUCCACUACGCGAGUCUCGACGAGAUCAAGCAGCGCAUCAAGUCGACGCUAAGCCGGGGCGCCGACGAAGACAUGAACGCGUACGCGCAGCCCUUCCACCACGUCGGCGGGUCGGGCACGCACUUCGCCGGCGGCGCCAAGACGAUCGCGUUCCCCGAGGGCGCGCCGUUCCCGAACUCCGGGUUCGGCAUGGGCCCGUUCAACGAGAAGACCACGACCGUGCGCGACGACCUGCUGGACCACCUGCAGCAUGCGAAACUGCCCGGGUGGGAGGGCGAGUGGUUCGACGCGUACGAAGUCGAGCAGUAUCUCGCGCAGCAGUCGAUCAGUCUGCCGCAGGGCGGCGGCGACGGCUACGUGGAUAUCCCGCCGGGCGAGUUCUACGACAAUCCGCUCGAGGAGCCGCAGGCGAAGAGCAGCAAUGGCGGUAGUAGUGGAGGUAUGCAAGGGGGUCCCGUGCGGAAUAACCCGGCGUAUCCGUCGCCCGGGUCUAGCAUCGAGGGCCUGCUCUCGGUGCCCGCGCCGACGGAUCUGUGGUCCCCCGGGUCCCUCGGCCCCGAUUAUCUGGCCUCGAUGUCGGACACCAUGUCCUCGGCGAUAGCAUAUCACAACACCGGCUCGCUGGGGUUCGCGGACGCCUCGCAGUACGGGUACGCGGCGUCCUCGAGCGCGAUGAAUCUGGUGAGCAGCCAGGCGCGCAACAAGAGGGUGUGGUUCAGCGUCGAUAAAUUCAUCGAGAGUCUUGGCGCUAAAUGCACAUGCGUGGGAAAGGGGCCGGCGUUCCGCAAAAAGGAUGUCGUGGCGGCGUUCUGGGAAGCUGCGAAGCCGGGUCCCGAAUGAAACUAUCUAAUCAAUAUCAUGUGUAACAGUAGUUGUUAUAUUGUGUUAUAUCUGUAUACGUGACAUCGGGGAUUACCUCUCGAUGCCUUUGGCUUAUGAGUGCUCGAUGAGAAGUAGAAUUACCCUCGAGUAGGUUGAUGGAAAUAUGGAUUCGAUCCAUUGCUGUACGUACAUGAUAUAGACGUAUAAGACACAGGAUUUUGCAGGAUGUGAUCGUUCGUGGAACAAUUCUCCGUGUAGUACGAUUGGUCUGAUAAGCCUUGCUAGGUAUAGAGGAAACAUCUACCUAGGUUAGAUACGU